AUGGACGACAACAGCAGCGGCGACCUCAGCCUGAGCGAGUUCAAGAACGGCCUCCACGACAUGGGCCUGGUCGUUCCGGACGAGGAGUACGCCGCCCUUUUCACCGUCUUUGACCGCGACGGCAGCGGCNAGGAGUACGCCGCCCUUUUCACCGUCUUUGACCGCGACGGCAGCGGCACGGUGAAGUACGACGAGUUUCUGCGCGCCAUUCGGCCACCGAUGAGCAAAAUGCGCCUGGAGUUGGUGGACAAGGCCUUCGCCAAGCUGGACAAAACGGGCGACGGCGUGGUCACCAUCGACGAUCUCAAGGGCGUCUACAAUGUUCGCCUCCACCCGGAGUACCUGAACGGCAACAAGACGGAGACGCAGCUGCUGGAGGAGUUUCUCAAGAAGUUUGAGGAAGGCACUCCGGACGGAAAGCUGACCAGGGACGAAUUUCACGACUACUACUCGGGCGUCAGCGCCUCGGUGGACGAGGACAUGUACUUCGACCUGAUGAUGCGCCAGUCGUGGAAGCUGUAG